UUGAAGGAGAAAAUGGCAUCCUUCAAGAAGAUGUUCAGGGGGCUGCUGGAGGAGGCCCCCUCUAUCCAGGACACAAUUGGCAUCUUGAAGGAGCUCCACAGGUACAUCAACUCGGAGAAGCCCCGGCUGCAGACUCUCAGCCGAAAAGCCUACAUUGAUGCUCUGGCUCACAUGGCCAGACUGCCCAAUGUGGAACUUGCAACAUGGAAGGUUUUCUUUCGCAAGGAAGAGGAGUUGGCUCAUCAUGACAUCCAGAGCACCAUCAAAGUUCAAGGUGUUCUCUUUCUCCCCUUGAAGGAGAAAAUGGCAUCCUUCAAGAAGAUGCUCAGGGGGCUGCUGGAGGAGGCCACCUCUAUCCAGAACAUAAUUGGCAUCUUGAAGGAGCUCCACAGGUACAUCAACUCAGAGGAGUCCUGGCUGCAGGCUCUGGGCCAAGAAGCCUACAGAUACGCUCUGGCUCACGUGGCCAGACUGCCCAAUUUGGAAGUAAGUACCCUGCUGUGGACAUGGCUUCAGCAUCCUCUGCUUCAGCAUCCUCUGCUUCAUCUUCUGCUUCAGCAUCCUCUGUGGGACCCCUUGUCAGCUUCCAGGUUCAGAAGAAGACCUCCCAGUGGUCUCUGGUCACACGGGGGCUGCCUGGCAGCACACUUACUGGAGAGAGGUUGUUUCCAGUGGGGCUCACCAAAUGCCCCUGAGGACAGCAGCAGGGAAGAACCACACUAG